CCUCGCAUGGCCAUGACAACAUGGCCACCGAUUAUGUCACCCAGUUUCGGAGACUUCGAGAUGAGUUUCGAAAUGCACAAGAAGGCGGGUGUGCCAACGUUGACAAAGCACUAAAUCUGGCUUCCUUCGACUCGAGCUGGCCAACCCCAGGCAGCGAGCAGCAUCCUUCUCCUGAUGCAUUCGCAAGCGGCUUGACUGGCAAUUCUUCUGACGAAGUCCCUACCUCUUCUCCAGGAAAGGACUUACCAUCCUUCACAGGGGCAGGAUCUGGUAUCGCCGCGAAUGCGUUUGCUUCGGGACCAUCUGUACGUGAAGAGGAAGCGGCUUCUCAUCUCGCUAACCCCGUAGCAAGUGAGAUAUAUCCCGAGCAUAGACCACGAAAAGGCCACAAGAAAUCUCGAGGAGGUUGCUUCAACUGCAAGAAGCGGAAGAUCAAGUGCCAGGAGAAUCAGCCUGCAUGUCGCAAUUGUACUCGGAAGAAGCUCAAGUGCGAGUACCCGGCUCCGAAGACUCUAUCUGCGCUAAGAUCAUCUUUCUUGUAUUCGCCAAAUCCUGUGACUUCGGUGAACCUACAAAGUACGCCAACUGUCUUUACUUUGACUGAUAUGCGACUGUUUCAUCAUUACCUUCUGGAUGCAUAUCCUCAUUUACCGGUUGGUAAUGAGACUGCCUGGCUAUCUCAAGUUCCGCUUAUUGCACACCAUAACCAAUAUUUGAUGCACGCCAUUCUCGGCGUGGCAGCGUCACAUUUAGAACUCAUCACCGGUGAUGACCUCAGCUCUGUGGCAUUGCACCAUCGCGUGCGAGCCAUCCAAGGUUCUGGUGAAGCUCUGACACAGAAGAACCGAGCGGGAAGUGAUGGAGAUGCACUCCUUGCGUCUUGCUAUCUUCUCACAUUUCAAUCUUCGUACAUGAAGGAUGGCAUACCCGAAUUCUUCCAAUUUGUGCGCGGCUGUACUCUCGUCAGUAAUCAGCUCCGGGAAGAGAAACUUCCCAUGGCGUUCUUCCUUACGGCCCAGGAUCAUUUCGAAUUCAUGGAAGGAAGAUUGAUGAACCUGCCAGUAAUCAACCCGGGAAUAUUGGACGGCGCGAACAUAUCCCUAGAUGUUCUACCACCAAUACUUGAACUUCCAGUACAUUUCAAGUUUUAUGAUCUCCUUGUCGAAUGUAUCGCUGCUCUGAGGAUAUCGUCAUUACAAGGCUACUUCAAAUUUAUCACCAUUUACCAAGCCAUCAACCUGUUCGAUAAUCAAGAAUUCACCGAUUUCUCCGACCCCACAAACACCAUAUCAAGGAUACUCGUUGGACAUUUCUUCGCAAUACAACUCAUGAUGCUCCCGAUCCUGGAUCGAGAAUGGGGCGGCAGAACAAAGACAACGCCUUGUCGAAUGAAUCUUGAUUGGGUUGCCAGAAUCAACGACUCGAUUCCGUCUCAUAUGAGCUAUUACCUUGAUUGGCCUACAGCUGUAGCUGAUGCUGUGUUGGAGGAGCUCAGUGGAAUUCACGUGACUAUUCCGAAGCUUUCGAUUUUGCGAAAGAAGAUAGCACCAGGCAAGGACGUCGUGCUGGGAUGGAAUUUGAAGCGUGCGUCGAGUCAGAGACCUGCGAUAUAAUUCACAUUGGCUAGGCUCUAUCCUGGAACUAAAAGGAAUGCAGCAUGUUAUCCCUCAACGCAUCUUGUGUCAUCUCUAUCCCCCCAUUCCUGGGACAUCGCGAGUCCAGUUUACCUUCAUCAAACCACUCACCAAGCCAUAGAUUGACUGGACCUGUUCGACAAUGGGAAUGUAUUCCGCUUCAGAACCUCGGCGAUUCACUUGUGCACAGUGCAGUUGUCACCAUGAUAUGAGCAAAAGCUGAAAUGGAAGCAGCGAGGAGUUCACAAAAUCUGCACUUGAUGAACGUCUGGCAAAGCUGGAUGAUGAUCGGUUCCAGACACGGGGAAGUGAGGACGAUCGGGAGAGAACAUUUGGAAUCAGAGUGUAACAUUGAAGUCGAU